AUGGCUUCACAAGCUCAAAAUAUCUAUGAUGACUCCGCCUUUUUUUCUGCUUACGGCACCCUUCCUCGUUCACAAUACGGUCUAUCAGCGGCGCCGGAAUGGCAUGAGCUUCGACAUAUGAUACUUACCGACAAAUCGCCUUUGACCAACCCGGCUCGGAACAACCUUGAAGGACAUCGAAUCCUUGAUCUAGGUUGCGGGUAUGGUUGGUUCGCGCGAUGGGCCCGGGACAACGGCGCUGCCUACGUCAAAGCAGUGGAUAUUUCCCACAAAAUGAUCAGUCGAGCAAAGCAAUUUGAAACCGAUACGAAAACCAAUCGCUCUGAUCCCGACUCGCCUUAUGUUGAGGAAAUCAGCUUCGAAACAGGAGACAUUGAGUCCAUUACCUUCGGCGACAAACGAGAAAGGGGAUCUUACAACCUCGUUUAUAGUUCUCUGACAUUCCAUUAUGUUGAGGAUUUGGCAAGGCUCUAUCGAGAGAUCCAUACCUCCCUUGAAAAAGAUGGAAAAUUGGUAUUCUCGGUCGAACACCCUAUAUGUUCUGCGCCUAUUCACCCGGGACCAAACUGGAAAGUUUUCGAAGAAUGUGGUAAGGAACGGAAGGUAUGGCCAUUGAAUUGUUACAGUGACGAAGGCUGGCGGGUGACUAGUUGGCUUGGGGUGGAUGGUGUCAGGAAGUACCACCGAACCGUGGAAACAUACGUGAAGCUUCUAUUGGAUAGUGGCUUUACCUUGACGGGUUUCAAAGAUUGGGCUCCAUCAGUAGAGGAUGUGGCUGAGCACCCUGAGUGGACGGAUGAGAGACAUCGCCCUUAUUUUUUACUUAUUUCCGCCCAAAAAAAUUGA